UCACUCUGCGUGUGACUUCAGCUCAACUCUACCUCUUCCUCAUCCUCCUCCUCAUCCUCCUCUGGGCCGAUGUUCUGUGUCAGAGCUCCGGUCCUCCUGUCUCGGACCCCCGGGGCGGACUCUCCCGGCAGAUGGCUGCUCUCCAGCCGGAUCAGCCUCCGCCGCUCCAGCGCCCAGCGGACGGAGCAGCACCGGGACGAGGCGAGCAGCCGCGACCGCGCUGAGCGGGCCUCAGCCCCGCAGUGUCCCGGAGGACGAGACGGCCCCACCUCCACCUCCAGCAGCUCCAGGACCAGGGCCGCUAAUGAGAUCUCCGUAGACUUUGACCUGACCCGGGAGGCUUAUAAGAGCAAAGACUCAUUAGAGCUGCUCAGAAGUUUGGUGGUGUUCAAGCUCUGCUCCUAUGACAUCCUGGUGGAGAAGAACACGGAGAUAAUGGACCUGGGAAAGAAGAUUCUGGGCCAGAGAGCCUUCAACCAGUUCAUGAAGAUGACGUUUUACGGCCAGUUUGUGGCCGGCGAGGACCACAAGUCGAUCAGGCCUCUGAUCCAGAAGAACCAGGCCUUCGGCGUCGGCUCUGUCCUGGACUACAGUGUGGAGGAGGACAUCAGCCAGGAGGAGGCGGACUCAUGUGAAUCCGCUGCAGACAACCAGAGCAUAGGCGAGCGCCACGGAGAGGAGAAGCAGAACGAGCGGCAGCAGCAGCCGGAGGAGGAGGAGGAGCGGCUUCGCGGGGGGGUGACGGCCGCCCGCACGCACUCCGACAGCGCCGAGGCCAAAUGUGACCGGCAUAUGGAAACCUUCAUCAAAUGCAUCAAAGCAUCUGGUGGGAAUUCCAUGGACGGCUUCUCUGCCAUCAAAAUGACGGCUCUGGGACGACCUCAGUUUCUGCUCCAACUCUCUGAGGUGCUGGUGAAAUGGCAGCGGUUCUUCAGCUUCCUGGCGUCGCAGCAGGGGAAGGAUGGCGUGGACGCUUUAAAUCAAAGGCUGGAGCUCAACCAGCUGCAGGAAUCUUUGACCAAACUGGGUGCAACAGGAGAUUUCUGUGGCUGGUUCACUGACGGGAAAGAGGAAACCUCAGGAACCAUUGACGUGCUGGACUGGAACAGCCUAAUAGAUGACAGACCACAGACAUCAGACCUGCUAGUUGUCCCGAAUGUUCAGAGAGGAGAGCUGGAGCCCCUGCUGGAGAAGUUCGGCACCGAGGAGGAAGAGCAGAUGAAGAGGAUGAUGCAGCGUAUGGACAUUUUAGCAAAGCACGCCCUGGAGAACGGCGUUCGCCUGAUGGUGGACGCGGAGCAGACGUACCUGCAGCCAGCCAUCAGCAGGGUGACAUUAGAGAUGCAGAGGAUCUACAACAGAGAGCAGCCUGUCAUCUUCAACACGUACCAGUGCUACCUGAAGGACGCCUACGACAACGUGAGCAUGGACGUGGAGCUGUCCCGACGGGAGGGCUGGUGUUUCGCUGCCAAGCUUGUGCGAGGGGCCUACAUGUACCAGGAGCGAGAGAGGGCCGAAGAGUUUGGCUACGAGGACCCCAUCCACCCUGACUACGAGUCUACCAACAGGAUGUACCACAGGUGUCUGGAUCAUGUGCUGGCCGAGAUUGCAAUCAACCGAAACGCCAACGUAAUGGUCGCUUCCCAUAAUGAAGACACAGUGAAACACACAAUCCACAGAAUGAACGAGCUGGGUCUCGUCCCCACGGAGAACAAGGUGUACUUCGGGCAGCUCCUGGGAAUGUGUGACCAGAUCAGCUUCCCAUUGGGCCAGGCAGGCUUCCCCGUCUAUAAGUACGUCCCCUAUGGGCCGGUGAGUGAGGUGAUGCCCUACCUGUCUCGGAGAGCCCAGGAGAACAGAGGCUUCAUGAAGGGCGUCCAGAAGGAGCGGGGGCUGCUGUGGAAGGAGCUGAAGCGCAGACUCUCCUCUGGGGAGCUUCUCUACAGACCGACGUACUGAAAAGACAUAGGAGAAGAGACAGAGAGAGAGAGAGAGAGAGAGAGAGAGAGAGAGAAGAGAGAGAGAGGAGAGAGAGUGCUAACGUGUUGGAUAUUUUUUUUCUUCUUCAUCUUCUCCGGUUGACAGCUGCUGCUGUGGCUGUCGGUUCUGUCUCUCCCUCGCUGCAGCUCUCCCUGGACCGGUAGCUCCCGUUCAAACCUAUUCUGGAGUUUCCUCGUUGAUGGACUGUUUCUGCACGUCACCCCCCCCCCCCCCCUGUCUUCUCCUCGCUGAUGCUGCCCACCUUCACCCCUUGCCUCCUACUGACUUCUUUCCUUCCUUAUCUGCGCCCACAAGCAUUCCUCGCCUCCCUUUGUCUAGAGAGCGGUGGUGUCCAUCCAGCUGCUUCUCUCCUUCUCCAUGAGGACUCUCUAACAUGUCAACAGGACCCUUUUUAUCACCCUAUUUAUCUUGGAGUGGGACAACAAUAAUAAUAAUAACGGGCUUGAUUUAAAUGGCAGUAAAGGAAACAUCCAUAUCCCCACUCCUAUAUUAUGUUUUUUUUCCCCCUCCACUCUUGGACAGCCUCACAGCCCUGAAGAGGUUCCUCUGUGUUGUAUUGCGUCUGAUUUUGUAUUGCCGGUUUGAAAAUGAUGCCUCUCUGCGAAUCAAUGAGAAAGUGUAAAUGCCUCCUCGCGGCACAUCCCUCUUCUUCUUUUUCUUCUUCUUCUUCUUCUCCUUCUUCUUCUGAGAGUGCCGUGCUGUUGUUAUUGUAUUUACUGGAGGAGGCUAUAUUCUCGACCACUCGGGUGUUGCGAGGGAACACUCCGUGCCGAGCAUUCAGCGAGUGAGGCUCCCUCUUUAAUACAGAUGCCUGCGAGUCUGGCAGGUUGUUUUAUUUUUAAUGACGUUGAUAAUAUGCAGGGGGGGGGGGGGCUGCCUUAUUGCAUUUUGAUGUACAAGCACUGUGCGAGUUUUAUCUUUUAUAAUGUAAAUAUGUUUAAAGCAGGCGAUUCUAUUUGUUGGUUUUACAUGUCUCACUUUAUGGACCCUGUGAAAUUGCUCAUAAAUAAAAGAGAAGGAUGGACGGGGGGGGGGGGUUAUCGACUGCAGCUCUGUAGCUCGGAGCUAUUUGUACUGCUUAGGCUGUUUUGGGAUUUUUAAUUCUGUGACAUAUUCCGCCUGAUUAUUGAUACGCAAUUAGUAUUUGAGUCAGAGGGUAACCGAGCUCCAUGAUAAUUACGGCCUUGUCAUUUUACGAGAGCAGUCAGUGCUCUGCAGACCAUCAUUUAAUUACCCAUGAUGCUCCGCUCAGUGCAGAUCACAGGAAUUGGAUUGCAUUAAUCAUUACUCAGAAGAAACUUUUAGUGGCUGUUAAGUUUUACUGAGGCAAAGCAGCCGCGGCUGAGUCCAGUUUAAUUAAGAAUGAAGUCGACUUCAGAUGCGAGUUGUGCCUUCGAGUGUUCGUCAGCCAUCAAAUCCCUUCUGCAGCGGCAAAUCUGAUUUACAGGACACGUCGUGGGGCAGAAGAAUCCUACACAAGUUCCACGAGUCAGUCAAAAGCAGCAGGGGCUCAGCAUAUCCUUCUGGGACUUAGCAACAAUCCCCCCCCCCCUCCCGGACAUUAAAGCACACAGGCAUGUAAUAGUCUGCCGAGGCAAAUUUACUUUAUGGAAUGAAUGUUGACAUUUUAUUAGGCGAGAUGUGAAGGACGGCAUACUUAACGGGAUUUCUCCGGGCUGCUUUGUCGUGGGCCCCACGUAGUCUCACGUCUCGGGUUGUGUGUUCGCCUGUGACCUUGGCCGAGCGGCGGUCCACUGCUUCUCAAACAAUGCGACACGUGCUGUGUGACAGGCCCCGGUUUGCAAACACACUGAGCAUUGUUUUGUGUUUUUUCCCAAAUUUGAAAAGAUUGGUUUUCAGUGUAGCACAUUGAGCGGAUUGGCUCGCAGCUGCAUUCCAGCAGCCAUUUAAUCUGGUACCACGUUCGAGUGCCAGAAGAGACAAACUGACAAUAAGGAGGGCGGCGGCUUGGAGCCAGCUAGCAGGGUUGUGUAUUUUUAUCUUCUGAUAGCAAAUUGAGAGAUUAGUGGCCCAUGGUGUAAAAAGAAAAACCAGGCCUGGGUACUUUUAAAUGAACGAUGGCAAUCAUAACCACAAUAUGAGAUGAUGCUUAAAUUAUAUUUGACUCCAGGAGAGAUGGGAAAGGUUAGAAAAUGAAUGUUGCACUGUACAGUAGAGGACCAAUUAACAAGAUUUCCCAUGCUUUCUAUGUUACCCCACCGCGUCCAUCAGUACUUCUUCAAGCCUCUUCACCCCAACAGUGAAAUAGUUAGCUUCUUUAUUUGUAUCCAUCAUUAGAAGGUGUUUUCUAACAUCAUCGGAAAAGAAAGACCUGUCAAUAUAUCCUAACAUCUGAGGCUCACUGGGCUCUGAUGUCUAAUCAAGAGAAAAGGUUGUGAACUCUGUGCAAGACUCUGAAAUGUCCUCAGGAAACUAACUAACUAACACUUGACAAGAGGAUUGUAUUUUGGUUCUCUGAUCACUUCCACCACUUAGUCAAUGUGUGUUUUUAAUGGGUUACAAGGUCAAGGAAAUAUAAUAUAAUAUAAUAACCAUCCUCAUUUAACUAUUGAUUUUCUUUUAGGCCCAAAACUGUGUGCCUGCUGCAGGAGAGUCAAAUAAUUAAAAUCUGUUCAUGAGCAUUUA